GUGCAGUGAUAUUGUAUGUAAACAAAAGGGCGUUGACUACCGAUCGCAAAGCUUAGCAAAGGCACGGUUUGCAUCGGGUCUAACGUUCAUAGUCUAAAUAAAAAAAAUGAUGUUGAUUAAACUGCAUGGUUUUUCUGUUUGAUAGUUCUAAUAGCUGAGUUCUAACCGCCACUUACUUCGAACAACACUCGCACCGAAUUUAACCUGUUCUUCGGCUUCGAGCGAUUAUCUCUUGCCACUUUUAUUUUGAGCAGACGCCACCAAGCAAUUAUGAAUACCGACACCGCCCCGAUACCCGCGGUCCGUCCCCCGGUGGACAAGCCUAUGCGGCUGGUUGGUGUUAGCCACAGUAACAACAGCUACAGCUUGGUCGACCAUGCUUCGGCGAAUGAUCAGCUUCACCAUAUAUUUUUGGUUGUAAAGCAGCACGUUGCUGGUAUCCUUGCUGAUGUUCAGUAUUACAAGAUAGUUGACCUCAAGAAUGAAUUGAUUGCUCUGGGUACAGAUGUUGCUUCCCUGGAAAGAGACAGGGCUUUUGAGGAAUCUAGGGAUAAGUAUCACAGACAUUUCUGGCGAGCAGAUGAUGAAGCUGAAAACAAACAGCUGAUUGUGAAAUUGUCUGAGGUUGCCUACGCACUUCUUGAUUACAAACAGAACUGUUGCACAGAAAGCAGAGGUCCCUAUGCAUUAGAUGAAGCAAGGCUUGAAACACUUUGCAAAAAACACUUGUAUGAAUUACAGAAUUUCAGAAGGGAACUUGCACAGUUUGUCAACACAGCCCGAGAUCGAAAUGCCCAGGUCACCCGCCUCUCCGCACCCCUUCAGUCUCAACUCGAAUGGCAUCAGUACAAAUCACCUCUAGAUGACCCCAGUAUCCGUCGACCUCUGCCCUAUGAAUGCACCCUGACCACCCGGGAUACGAUAGGCCCUAGAACUGACCCUCCAGAUGUGGAUGGGCACAAGUCAGGUGUCAAGCAAUUACGAAGUCAGUGGGAUGUACCAGAUUUAUCAGGCAAACCAGGAGCAGCUAAUUCUGGAACACAUGGAACCUUGACUAGCCGAGGACGAUAUGGUGGCAGACAUAUCUAUGAAAGGAACAUCAACGAGAGAAGAAAACCAACUGAGCAAGAAAUUCAACAUGUUUCAAGCCGAUACAAGCAUUAUCAUGGACUAUGUGAAUAAGCAAAUGAUCUUACAAUGUUAAGCAGAAUCACGUCUUUGAGGAAUGCUUUUGACUAGGUUCAUUAUUUCAUAAUUUUGACAUGCCUAUGUGUAACACAGCGUCUCCGUCUGAAAAUGCAGUUCUGUGAGACUUAUGUCAAUUGGGUAGUAGGUUAACCCGAGGGAUAAGUCGAGGCUAAACGGUGGGGAAAGUAUACCUACUUCUAUAGAAUUCAGAGUUUCUAAUUCAUUAUACAUGACAAAGAUAUAUAGUUCCAAUCUACAAACAAAAUUUUAAUGGUUUUAUACUAAUUUUCUUUAUUGCAAAAUUAAUUUGGGGGACAGAUUGUCUGUAAAAAUAAAGUUGGUGAAUGAGUCUACAAGUGGCACUCCAUAAAACUAUGUUAUACCUGUUACAUGUAUUAGGGUUACUGCAAUCAGUGCCCAGGAUCAAUGCUGUUAGAAUACUAUCAGAUAUCUUGUGGAUUAAAUGAAAUUGGAUGUGGCUGACAAGUUGUGCAUACAGGCAUAUGGCAAACUACAUGGGGUUUCCAUUCUGAAGUCUUACAAUUAUACUUUAUGUCAAAAGGCUGAUGCUAUGCAGUGGAGGUUAUGAAUAAGAAAUGAUAUCAUGCUUGUUUGAAUAUAUGUUAAAUAUUUGAGGUGACAUUUGGUAAUUCAUAUUUAAGUUGUUUAUGAAUUAUGUGUAAAUUUGAGAAUUUCUGCAUAAUGUACAAUGUACAUUGGUAUAAAUACAUGGGAUAGAUUAUAAUUCGGGUUUGCUUUUGAGCACGGAGCCUAAACCACCUUAAUUUUUUUAACCUUUGUAUUGCCAAUCAUGAAUGUAUGAGGGGGUAUAAGAUUAUAAUGGAACAUUGCUGAGCUUAUUGUACUUUUUUACUUUGCAUGUACAGUAUUUUGGUCUCUGAGGGGGUUAAUGGUCAUAUAUUCUUUUGAUGAAAUGAUAUACAGUGCAUAAUAUAUCUUAGCUGUCAAAGUGUGUAAAUGACUUGAUGUAUGACAAUCAUUUCCUGCUAUAUUUUGAUUUCCCCUUUUCAGUUUUUCCCUUCAUAAUUGGGGGAGGGGGAUAAUGAACUCAUUUUAUUUAUUUAUCUGUUGUAUCUAUCUGUUUCAAUUUUUUUGUUAUCAUUUGCCAAAGGUGAACUUAGUCUAUUCUCACAUUGAAUAUAUUAAUACAUUUAUAUUUACCAUUAAUUUCAAUGGAAAUAAAUUCUUGAAAACUUGUUAAAAUACUGCUUUUAUUUAGCUUAAUAUCAAUUUCCUACAAUAAAAAAAUGUACACUCAAGAAAAAGAGUUUAAUGAGGAACUUACGAUACUUACCAUAUGGCACUUUUAUGUCAUAAUUUGCUCUGCCCAUACUGGGUGCAGAUUAAGUGAUACAAUGAAUCUAAAAAGAUAUAUAUCACCUGUGAUAAAUACUAAGCUUUAUUUGUAAAUAAAGAAAUGACAAUUAUCGUA